AUGAGCCUGCCCCUCCGAGCAGCAGUCAGUUACAUGUUUACUUGCUUUGUCAGCGGUGUCCCCGCAGCAGAUAUCUCAUGUACCUCACCUGCUGAUGAGCCAAACCUUGGACUUUUAUCUCCGAGAGAGACUUAUCACAGCGUCGGUGCUCCUUAUCAGCCGUUUCCUCUCUCGCAACAUUUCGUGGCCGGCCUCUUGCGGACCUUGAUCGGGGGCACGUCGGGUUCACAGGUUCAUUUUUUUUAGCUAACAGGGAGAGAUGACGUUAAAAUCCAAUAAAAACGAACCGGCCGUCAUACUGGAGUCUGUCAACAGCGUCCGGACAGCCCUCUCCGAUCUGUACCUGGAGCAGCUCCUUCAAAACAAACCAAAGUCUGAAAAGGCGGCUAUGCAAACCUAUGAGAAUAAAGGAGCUGAGGUUUACACCAAUGGUAGUGCUGGACACAUGAAUGGUGCAGAACUGACCAGGAUGAAAGAAGUAGCCUUUGAAAAGAGUCCCUCAGAGCCAAUGGGGGUCACUCUGAAGCUGAACGAUAAGCAGAGGUGCACUGUGGCCAGAAUAUUGCACGGGGGCAUGAUCCACAGACAAGGCUCCUUACAUGAAGGGGACGAAAUAGCAGAAAUCAAUGGAAAAAGUGUGUCGAACCAAACUGUGGAUCAGCUACAAAAGAUCCUGAAAGAAACCAAUGGAGUCGUCACAAUGAAGAUCAUUCCCAACCUGCAGAGUCGGUCCCAGGCCUGUGAGAUGUACAUGAGGGCCCAGUUUGACUAUGACCCCACCAAGGAUGACCUCAUCCCAUGCAAAGAGGCAGGCCUGAAGUUUCAAACCGGUGACAUCAUUCAGAUCAUCAAUAAGCAGGACCCGAACUGGUGGCAAGGCCGAGUGGAGAGCAAUGUCGCUGACUUCGCUGGACUCAUACCCUCCCCAGAGCUCCAGGAAUGGAGGGUGGCGAGUAAAAGCAAGGCCAGAGAGGGCAGUCAGUCCUGCAGCCCGUUCGGAAAGAAGAAGAAGUGCAAAGACAAAUAUCUGGCCAAGCACAGCUCGAUUUUUGACCAGCUGGAUGUGAUUUCUUAUGAGGAGGUUGUUCAGCUCCCUGCUUUUAUAAGGAAAACACUGGUGCUUAUUGGUGCACCUGGUGUAGGACGGAGCCAUAUCAAAAAUGCACUAUUGACUAAAUACCCUGAGAAGUUUUCCUAUCCUGCACCACACACCACCAGGCCCCAGCGUAAGGAUGAGGAGAACGGACAGGAAUAUUAUUUCAUCUCCAACGAAGCCAUGACGAAGUGCAUCUCCGGAAAUGAGCUACUGGAGUACGGCAGCUUCCAGGGAAAUAUGUUCGGUACCAAAAUUGAGACCAUCCAGAAGAUCCACGAGCAAGGCAAAAUCGCCGUGCUGGACGUGGAGCCACAGACCUUGAAACUCUUGCGGACUGCUGACUUUGCGCCUCUCGUGGUGUUCAUCGCUCCGACCAACACAGCUGCGCAGACGGAAAACCUGCAGAUGAUCCAGAAAGAGUCGGACGCCAUUUCGACCACAUAUAGACACUUCUUUGAUGUGGUUCUUGUCAAUAACGACGUGGAUGAAAGCGUGAAAGGCGUGGAGGAGGCCAUGGAGCGCGCCACCUCCACCCCACAGUGGGUGCCUGUGUCAUGGGUGUACUGACAGAUGUCCGGCACCACUAUAAUACCUUAUGUUUGUUGAAAAGCAGUGCAAUAUCACUCCUUACACGAAACCAGUUAGUGAUGUCCCAGGUGUGUAUGGGUUUACUUUUGGUUAUUGUUAAUUAUCACUGAGAUUUUUUUUUGCACAAACGCAUCCAAAAAAAAAAGCAAUAUGUAGAAAGGUUUAUUUUACAAAGUCCACAACCUCACCAGGGCUGUUUUAUUUGGUUGUUUAGACAUUUGUGCUUGAGGCUCUCGAGGGACUAAGGGAUAGUUUUGGUGCCGCACACCUUUUGUGAUUGUUGGAACGUGAGCAAAUGCAAAACAGGACCACAACUGUGAAUGAAAUCCAAACUUUUACAUGACAGAGUUUUAUCAUGUAAAGCAUCAUUUCUGGACUCGCUGUUCUUUUUCUCUGCUCUCACCAGACUGGGCCAUGAAACUGAGAUUCUGAAACUGUUUGUUCGUACAGUGAGUGUAGCUCCAUACAACCAUAAUGUCUUGUACACAAAACCUUUCGGUCGGUCGUUAAGAACCUCACGUCUCAUCUCAUCAAAACUGUAUACCUCAUGGGGUACUGUAAAGGCACUUUUAAACAAAAAAAUAAAUUUCCCAGCUCUGUUGCAACCGUUUCUCUGGCUGUGUUUUAUGCGGGAACCUGUUCUCCAGAGCCCUCGAGGAAAACUGGCAGUUUUAUGUCAGCAGGAAAUCUCUAACUGCACAAAAAUUCCUUCCACUUGAUCCACACAAGACAAGAAAACACAUGGCGAUGUCAAGAAAGAGCAAACCCUCGAGACUUAACUGAAAUAUAGAGUCGAUAUUUCUACUUUUUUAUAGUUUUAGGUAAUGUUUUGCUAGUUUGUCCAGACUAGACUUUAUGUUUUAUUUGUUUCGUAAUGGCUGAACAGAAUAUGCCACACUUUAUAUGUCUCUACUUCAGGAAAAUUGUGGUGGCGGGGGGGUCAUGUCUGCAUGUGUUUUUUAGAAGAGGUCACGGCUCAGGGCUUUGAUCAAUUAUAGAUCAAGGCUGGCGUGUUUGAGCUGCACAAUACGAGUAAUAUACCUGUAUCUCCACAUUACAAUUCUUCCCUCAUCCACCGUGUGGGAGAAGUAGUAACAGGUUAUACAUGACAAUAAAUUUGUUCACAGCUUCUAUCCAGAACGGCUUUCCUGGUCGCAUCGUCGGGAUUAUGUACCGAAUGAAAUCAAAAUAUAUCAAGUGAAAAACGUUUCUUUGUGUUCUGUUAAUUCCUAAUGACAAGUACACAAACAUGUAAAUCUGCAAUCAUUUCAUUUGUAAGAAUUUGAGAUAUUUAAACCACAUUUUGAAUAGACUGUGGUUUAAAAAUGUGCAUUCAAUAUGGCACAUUGAGUAAUGGAAGUGAAGACAUCAUAGAACGACUAUACAUGAAAACCUUGGACAGGUAUGAAAUGACUGUGAUCAUUCUUUUAUUAGCAUUUCUUUUUUGUCUCUAGAUUUCUCGGCAAAGAGGGGUGAUAAGGGGAAACUACAUAACUGGGAAAAACAUCAAUAUGGCCCACACAUUUAAGCUGUAUUUGUACAGACCUGUUUGGACGCAAAGAUUUGCAGAAUAAAAAAAGGAGUUAAAGGAUGCCAGAAAUAAAACAUUAGAAAAUGUUAACUUUGCAUAGUUU